AAUUUGAAAUGUCAUUACAUACUGUAGUGUAUAUUCUGCAAGUAACAUCUUAAAGAUCGGCACUUCUGUCGAUUAUGGAGUUUGCAAGGGGAAAAGGAAAGAUGGAAUGGCUUGCACACUAGUCAUUAAUAAUCAUUUACACUUGCAGACGUAAUGGUAUAUAUUGCAGCUACCAUAGACAGAAAACAUCAGAGAAGUACUCUGUCACAAGGACCGAACUCAAGGGAGGGUAAUCUACAAAAAGGACCCCGGCAGGGAAAAUCAGCAGACCACCUGGCGAGUGGGAUGAGGGAGAUGCCGGAGGGGUUUCCAAAACCCUAUCUUCGAGUGAAAGGAGGAGAUCCAAGUCUUCUUGAUCCGACAUUUUUUAGCUUUGAAAUGAAUGAGAAAUUAGUAAUCAGAGAGGAAAGGAAUCUCGGAAGCUGGUUGCAGAAUAGGGUUUAUAGUGAUGGCUCGGAGGGAGAUUUGAAGUUUGGAGGGAAAUUUUGAGGCAGUAAAUAAAUUUUGUUUCAGAUUUGCGGUUAAUUACACGCACUAAGUGGGCUUGGCCCAACAUAGAUUGUAUGGAUAUUUCUUUUAAGAGCCAAGGCCCAAUAUUUAAAAACAAAAAGCACCA